AGACUUCUUCAUACACAUCCAAAAUGUUUUAGUGUUUUUCUCUCUAACAGCCCAGGAGCUUUUUAUCAGAAUUCAAACUGGCACUGCACACCUUUCACUACGUAGUAAUUUUUUUAAAGUUAUCAGAUAGUCUGUUGCGGUUGCUUCUGCACAAUUCUAACCAUAACUGCAGAAUAGAAGGAAAACAAUGAAAAGUAUUAUGUGCAAGGGUGUGAUUAAAUUCACGAGAGUCUAAUGUUGUGUGCUGUAAACAGAAGUUACCGUCUGUGUAAUGAGUGGAAAAACUUUUUUGUUUUCUUUCAUUCUUCUACAUUGUGGUAUUUGCCAAUAUUGGUGCGCAAAAGUUGAUGAUGACAAUCAGGAGCUUGCGAAACAAGACGCAAAUACUGCAUGGAAUUGUGAGGUUCUAGAAGCUUGCAAUGAUAAGUUAGGAUUUGAUGCUAUUUUAACUCUUCAUCAACGUUUAGAUGAUGAUGCAGAUGGCAACAUAGACAUAGUUGAAAGCGAUGAGUUUCUGCGAGAUGAAUUGAAUUAUGAGAGUGGAUAUGAGCGACAGAAAAUAUUUCAUCGAAAUGACAAACAUAUAUCUGUAGAUGAACUGUGGAAUGCAUGGAAAUCUUCUGAAG